AUGGCGACGGACUGGACUGUGGGCGUCAUGCCCUUGCACCAAAUACGCAAGCCGCCCUUCACCAUCGAGGCUCCUGGCUACGAAAAGGUGCCUGGCGAGACCAUCCCGCGUCGCCACCCAGCAGCCAAGGACGGCCUGCUCAACAAGCCUGCCGAUGACGUACACACCGUCUGGGACAUUGUCCGCCGCAGUGCCCGCGAGUAUCCCAACCAUCUUGCCGUGGGCCACCGGAGGCUCAUUGAGCUGCACAAGGAGAUCAAGAAGGUGCCCAAGAACGUCGAUGGCCAGGUCAUUGAGGUGGAAAAGGAGUGGCAGUUCUUUGAGCUGUCCAAGUAUGACUUCUUGACCUUUAAGGAGUACGAGACGCUCGUCCUGCAGCUCGGUGCCGGCCUGCGCAAGCUGGGCUUCAGCGGCCACCACAAGCUGCACCUAUUUGCCACGACCAGUGUCAACUGGAUCUCCAUGUCCCAUGCCUGUGCUGCGCAAGGCAUCUCCAUCGUCACUGCCUACGACACGCUCGGCGAGAGCGGAGUCGAGCACUCUCUCGUCCAGACUGAUGCUGAGGUCAUGUAUGUCGACCCUCAUCUGCUCAAGACCGCCGCAGGCCCCAUCAGGAAAUCAAAAGUCAGGACUGUCAUCGUCAACGAGGACAGCAUCUUCACCCUGGGCGGCGAGGUCGAGGCUUACAAGAAGGAGAAUCCGGAUAUCCGCGUCAUCACCUGGGAGGAUCUCCGAAAGCUCGGCGAGGAGAACAUGGUUGAGCCUCAGCCCGGCAGCCCCGAGGACAUUUUCUGCGUCAUGUAUACCUCUGGCUCCACCGGUCCUCCCAAGGGUGCUUGCAUCACCCACCAGGCGCUUGUUGCGGGAGUUACGGGCCUCCUCGCCUCCGUCGGCGAGACCAUCAGUGACAAAGAGGUGGUUCUUGCGUAUCUGCCGCUUGCCCACAUCUUCGAAAUGGCCCUCGAGAACCUCGUCAUGUUCAUUGGUGGCUGCUUAGGAUACGGAAAUCCUAGAACUCUCUCCGAUACUUCCAUGAAGAAUUCCGCCGGCGAUAUGCGAGAGCUGCGGCCGACCGUUCUUGUCGGAGUUCCCCAAGUAUGGGAGACUGUCAAGAAGGGAGUCUUGGCCAAGCUGGACACUUCUAGCCCAAUCCUCAAGUCCCUGUUCUGGGGAGCCUUCAAUUACAAGGGGUUCAUGACCCGGAACAAGCUUCCCUUGGCCAACAUCUUCGAUAGCGUGGUCUUCGGAAAGGUCAAACAGCUGACGGGAGGGCGCCUUCGAUUUACCAUGAACGGUGCCAGCGGCAUCUCGGAUAACACGAAGCAGUUCCUGUCCCUGGUUAUCGGCCCCAUGCUGGCUGGCUAUGGCUUGACCGAGACCUGUGCAAACGGUGCACUUGGAAACCCUCUGGAGUACUCUGCCAACUCCAUUGGCCCUGUCUCUGGUGCCAUUGACGUAAAGCUGGUUGCCAUUCCCGAGAUGGGUUAUUCUACCGAAGCCAAGGUUCCUCAGGGUGAGAUCUGGAUGAAGGGUCUCCCCAUCAUGAAAGAGUACUAUAACAACCCAGAGGAGACAGCCAAGGCCCUUACCCCGGAUGGCUGGUUCAAGACUGGAGAUAUUGGCGAGUUCGAUGCCGAUGGCCAUUUGCGUGUCAUUGAUCGACUCAAGAACCUGGUCAAGAUGCAGGGCGGCGAGUACAUUGCACUUGAGAAGUUGGAGUCCGUUUACCGAGGCUCCCAGAUUGUGGCCAACGUCAUGGUGCACGCGGACCCCAACCACAACCGCCCUAUCGCCGUCAUCAUGGCCAACGAGAAGGUUCUCGCUGCAAAGGCUGCGGAGCUCGGUGUUGACGAGCACAGCAUGCACCACGAUUCCAAGGUCCAGGCGGCAGUUCUCAAGGAUCUGCAGGUUACUGCCAAGCGAUCUGGCCUGUCUGGCCUGGAGACUGUAGGCGGCGUGGUUGUUACUGACGCGGAUUGGACCCCGGAUAGCGGCCUGGUCACCGCCACUCAGAAACUCAACAGGAAAGCCAUCCGAGAGGAAUUCAAGAAGCAGAUCGAAGAGUGCUUGAAGCACGCCCCUUGAAUUCACCAACAGACGCAGCAACUUGCGUAAAUCUUUUCCCUGAAUUUUUUUUCCAUAUAUUUUUCCAUAUAUAAGUGCUGAAGACGGCGAGAGAUGUUAUAAGAGGCGGGACAAUGGAAUGCGUGGUUAUUGACGGACGGGGGAGGAACAAGGAGAGGGAUGACGACGUUGAUACCGCUGUUGUGAUUCGCGUGAUUUAAUCUGUCUUAUUGUACUGCUAUCGGGGCGUGGGCUUAAUUAAUGAUAUUUAUACCACUUUUCCAUUCUAAUUAUGCUUGAGUCUUAAUACUUUGCUUGUACCGGACUAUUUGUUUCUAGUAAAGUUGUGUAACUGUUUAUAGAGUGUUCAAGAUGGCCAUGAUCAGUACAAUGUUGAAAGAAGUUCACUCUCAGCAGCACGACAUGUGAAGACAGAUAGAUAUAGACGCAUACACUCAUUGGUAUAAAUGAACAUUUGCUCCAAAUGCCCCCAACUCAACUCCAUUGCCAUGCUUUUUUCCCGCCCCUCCUUAGUCUCAGCUAAAAUAGACUAGAGUAACAAAGAAAAGAGAAGAUAAGAUUAUAUAACACGCAGGCUCGAAAGUUUUAAGAACGCUCAAAUGGAUAUUUGUAAGACAGAACAAGAGCAAAAGCUA